GCGCUUUCGGAGACUGCUGUUCAGUCAAUGGCUACUGUGGAAGCACUGACGAUUACUGCGGGAUUGACUCCUGUGACUCCUCAUUUGGCACUUGUGAUACUGUUACUGUGAGCCCUGAUGGGCUCUGUGGUUCCAUGUCCUCUGUCAAUGCAAGCUGUGCUGGCAGCCAAUUCGGCGAUUGCUGCUCCACGAGCGGCUAUUGUGGCAGCACAGAUGCAUACUGUGGUGUUGGUCAGUGCCAGUCGGCAUUUGGAAGCUGCACUGAGCAGCCAAUUAGUUCCGAUGGCCUUUGCGGCUUUAUGUCCUCAAAUAGCGCCACGUGCCUGGGCAGUCAGUUCGGUAAUUGCUGUUCGGUAAACGGAUACUGUGGCAGCUCAGAUGCCUAUUGUGCAGCAGCAAAUUGCUUGUCAGUAU